AUGGCUACUAGGGGCUGUGAAGAUGUUCUCUUCUUCGAAUGGCAACAAAAAGCCAGUCCAACAGAGCGUGCCGAAUCAUCAUCUCCUUUCUGGCGUGCCCGAACAGCAAGUGGUCGCCGUGAUGCAUCGCCGAAAAAGCAGAAUAGCGAGUCGGGAUCGGGACUUGUUGUGGGAGCUGGAUACUCUCAUGCCGACAUAUUAAAAUCUUUAUCUAACGCUUCACGCCCCAGGACGCCGCCAUCCAAUCCCUCGCACAAACACAGAAGUAAUACUCCCCCGCAACGAGGUCCGGCAGCAUUGUCCCCACCACCUCGCAGAUCCUAUACAGAUUACAUAUCACACACAAAUAAUGACUGGGCCGCCGACGACGAAGAGGAGAAAGAGGAUGAAUAUGGUUACGAGGAUGACGAUGGGGACGAUUUUGGACUCCCGAGUAUAUCUAGCAAGAAGCGCAAAAACCAGAGUCGACUUAAAAGUGCAUCAGCUGGAACUGCAGUCGACGAAGGCAACCUCUCUCCGUGGCGCUCUAGCUUCGGGGCGAACGCAAUGGGAAUAGGAUCGCGAAGAAUGUCAAACAGUGCAGAUAUUGCGAUCGAACGACCCGCGCCAAGUUACCCGGUCGCGAAAAAGAGUGAAGGGAAGAUACUCCGGCCUCAAUACAAAGAAAUACUUCGCGAUCCUGCGAAUUCUCUACACCUAAUAGAUCAUCCUCCGGUACCACUCAAUGCUACUUCCAAAGAAGUGGAAGCAUAUGGAGCUCGGAUAACAAGGAUAAAUAAAUUCAAGAAGAUAUUACAAGCUACCUCUAUACCUUUAACGGAGCUCAGAGAUGCCUCUUGGAAUGGAAUACCGGAAGAAGUUCGUGCAAUGUCAUGGCAGCUGCUACUUGGUUAUCUUCCCACUAGUAGUGAAAGACGUGUGGGUACAUUAGAACGAAAGCGAAAAGAAUAUCUUGACGGGGUACGACAAGCUUUUGAGAAAGGCGGCACUAGUUCUGCCCCCACUGGCAAAGCCAGGGGACUUGAUGAAGCCAUCUGGCAUCAGAUAAGUAUCGACGUGCCGCGAACCAAUCCACAUUUAGAGCUUUACAGUUAUGAGGCUACGCAACGAUCUUUAGAGAGAAUUCUGUACGUUUGGGCAAUACGUCAUCCUGCAAGUGGAUAUGUGCAAGGCAUCAAUGAUCUUGUCACUCCAUUCUGGCAAGUCUUUCUUGCGACAUAUAUCGCAGAUUCAGAUGUAGAAAGUGGUAUGGAUCCAGGACAGCUUCCCAAACCAGUAUUAGACGCAGUUGAAGCAGAUUCGUUUUGGUGUUUGACAAAACUUUUGGAUGGCAUUCAGGAUAAUUAUAUUUUUGCGCAGCCAGGGAUUCAACGUCAGGUGGCAUCGCUUCGGGACCUAACCGCAAGGAUUGACGAACCCUUGGCCAAGCAUCUUCAAGCAGAAGGCGUUGAGUUUAUACAAUUUAGUUUCCGAUGGAUGAAUUGUCUCUUGAUGCGAGAGAUCAGUGUUCAGAAUACCAUUAGGAUGUGGGACACUUACUUGGCUGAAGAGCAAGGCUUCUCAGAAUUCCAUUUAUAUGUGUGCCUCGCAUUUCUUGUGAAAUGGUCGUCUAAAUUAUUGAAAAUGGACUUUCAAGAAAUCAUGAUGUUUCUGCAGGCCCUACCCACUCGCAAUUGGACAGAAACCGACAUAAAUAUGCUUCUGGGAGAAGCAUUUGUAUGGCAAUCGCUUUUCAAGGGCUCCUCAUCGCAUCUACGUGGUAGCAGUAGCACCACUCCAUCAUCGAGUGCUGCCUUUUGA